AUGCCCGGAGUUGACGUUUGCUCGUUCUCCGCUAGCUUCUCCAGUCGGCUAACCGUCACAGCCUCACCGGCCGCCGUCAACUUCGUCGUCUUCUCAAAUCUGGAUCGCGACAUCGCCGUCAGUUCCGGCGCGAAUCCCGCCGGUAACUCCGGCAAAAGCUGGCGGAAGGACGGGGGCCACCGCGGAACCACUCUCCGCGCGCAAGCCGCCAUCCUUGCGCCGCCGCCGCCCGUCGCGGAAGAGCCAGAAGCGAUGACGGACACGGGCCGAGGAGGGGGAGACGGCGGAUCGUUCAGGGGCGGAGACGGCGAAGACGGCGGAAACAACGGGGACGGGCGGUCGGGCGGAAGCGGAGGGGGCGGAGGAGGCGGGGGAGACGCUGGCGGAGAUGAGAGCGGAAGGGGCGGAGAUUUCGACGCGCUAUUGGGAUGGCCGCGCGUCGAGGCGGUUCUGCUGCGGAAGGGCUUAACGCUUCCAGAAGAUAUGCUGCUACACGCACGGGAGCACGGUAUAUCGGAAGUGAUUCUACAGAGAUCGCCAUCGACUGCGCCGUGCGCGACGUUCGCGGAGGUGCAGAAGCGAGGCGACGAUUUCUGGAAGGAGUUCGACCUCUACCUCUCGGAUAUGCUCGUCGGAAUCAUUAUGGGCGGCGCCGUCGUGGGCUCGCUCGCGCCAGCCGCGAGAUUCGCCACGUCAGCAGCCGGUGGACGGUUGCCACGCAUCUUGCCACGUGGGGUUUCUGCUGCGCUCUCGGCGCUCCCUAGCAGUGUGUUUGAGGCAUCCCUUCCGGGUCAAAAGUUCUCGGCUGCCCAACGAACUGUCACCCUCUUCGUCAAGGGCGUUGAGUAUGGAGGGUUUGGCUUCGCAUCGGGCCUUCUGGGUCAGGGGAUCGCUAACGGCGUGAUGACCCUGAAGAGAAGUGUGCGUCAGAAGGGCGAUGAGGCUGCUCAUACAAAGGACAGCCACGUCAAACCACCACCGCUCUUCAAAACAGCCCUCCUCUGGGGAGCCUUCAUGGCAGUUUCCUCCAACCCCAGGUACCAGGUCGUCACAGGUUUGGAGAGGCUGGUUGAUGGCUCGACGGUGGCUCGGAGCCUGCCAUGGCUAUCAGGCUCGUUUACAGUGGCUGUGAGGUUUGCUAAUAACAUCUAUGGCAGCAGUCAGUUUGUGGAUUGGGCGCGGAUGGCAGGAGUGCAGUGA